AACAUGGCUGAAGUGCCGCCGCUGCCGCUACUGCUGCUGCAGGGAAAAUGCUGAGCCCUCCCGGGCCGGGUGGGCGGCGGCGGCGAGGGCGGCUACGGGCACCUGCUUACCGGGCGCGGCGGCGGCGGCCAUGGCCCGGCUGGCUGACUACUUCAUCGUGGUAGGCUACGACCACGAGAAGCCAGGGUCAGGAGCAGGUCUGGGGAAAAUAAUCCAGAGAUUUCCACAGAAGGACUGGGAUGAUACACCUUUUCCACAGGGAAUUGAAUUGUUUUGUCAGCCUGGCGGGUGGCAGCUGUCCAGAGAGAGGAAGCAGCCAACAUUUUUUGUGGUGGUCCUGACAGAUAUUGACUCAGAUCGACAUUACUGCUCAUGCCUAACCUUCUAUGAGGCAGAAAUCAAUCUUCAGGCUUGCCUAGGUUUGAUCUACACUGUGUAUGUGGACAGUCUGAAUGUCUCCUUGGAAAGUCUCAUUGCAAACCUGUGUGCAUGCCUUGUCCCAGCGGCUGGAGGGUCUCAGAAGCUGUUUUCCUUGGGUGCAGGAGAUAGACAGCUGAUCCAGACUCCUUUGCAUGAUAGUCUUCCUGUCACAGGCACUAGUGUGGCUCUCCUGUUUCAGCAGUUGGGAAUUCAAAAUGUCCUCAGCCUCUUUUGUGCAGUUCUCACAGAAAAUAAGGUUCUCUUCCAUUCUGCAAGUUUCCAGAGACUUAGUGAUGCUUGCAGAGCCCUGGAAUCUUUAAUGUUUCCUCUUAAAUAUAGUUAUCCUUAUAUUCCCAUUCUCCCGGCUCAGCUUCUGGAAGUUCUGAGUUCCCCAACGCCUUUCAUUAUUGGAGUACAUUCUAUCUUUAAAACUGAUAUCCAUGAACUUCUAGAUGUAAUCAUAGCAGAUUUGGAUGGAGGCACUAUUAAAAUUCCUGAAUGUAUUCACCUCUCUUCCCUCCCGGAACCACUUCUACAUCAGACUCAAGCAGCUCUUUCUUUGAUUCUACACCCAGAUUUGGAAGUAGCAGAUCAUGCUUUUCCCCCUCCACGAACAGCUUUAUCCCACUCAAAAAUGCUGGAUAAAGAAAUACGUGCAAUUUUUCUUAGAUUAUUUGCACAACUUUUCCAAGGAUAUAGAUCCUGCCUACAACUUAUAAGAAUUCAUGCAGAACCAGUAAUACAUUUUCACAAGACAGCUUUCUUGGGGCAGCGUGGUUUGGUUGAGAAUGAUUUCCUCACUAAAGUUCUCAAUGGAAUGGCAUUUGCAGGUUUUGUUUCAGAAAGAGGUCCUCCCUAUAGAUCCUGUGAUCUCUUUGAUGAGUUGGUAGCUUUUGAAGUAGAGCGAAUUAAAGUUGAAGAAAAUAACCCAUUGAAGAUAAUAAAGCAUGUCAGAGAACUUGCCGAGCAACUAUUCAAAAAUGAGAAUCCCAACCCUCAUAUGGCAUUCCAGAAAGUUCCACGCCCGACAGAAGGAUCCCACUUGCGAGUUCAUAUUCUUCCUUUCCCAAAGAUUAAUGAAACUCGGGUACAGGAAUUAAUACAGGAAAAUCUUGCUAAGAACCAGAACGCACCUCCUGCUUCACGGGUGGAAAAGAAAUGUGUUGUGCCAGCAGGUCCACCUGUUGUUUCGAUAAUGGAUAAGGUGACAACAGUUUUCAACAGUGCACAGAGAUUGGAAGUUGUUAGAAACUGCAUCUCAUUCAUAUUUGAAAAUAAAACAUUGGAGACUGAAAAGACCCUUCCAGCUGCAUUGAGAGCCCUUAAAGGAAAGGCAGCAAGACAGUGUCUCACUGAUGAGCUGGGUUUACAUGUCCAGCAAAAUCGGGCUAUAUUAGACCAUCAACAGUUUGACUAUAUAAUAAGGAUGAUGAACUGUACUCUACAGGAUUGUUCAAGUUUAGAAGAAUAUAAUAUUGCUGCAGCAUUGCUCCCUUUGACCAGUGCUUUCUACAGGAAACUGGCCCCUGGAGUCAGCCAGUUUGCUUACACCUGUGUUCAGGACCACCCCAUCUGGGCGAAUCAGCAAUUUUGGGAGACAACCUUCUACAAUGCAGUGCAGGAACAGGUGCGCUCCCUGUACCUCUCAGCCAAGGAAGAUAAUCAUGCCCCAUAUCUGAAGCAAAAGGAUAAGCUUCCGGAUGACCAGUAUCAGGAGAAGACAGCAAUGGACCUGGCAGCUGAGCAGCUACGCCUUUGGCCUUCUCUGAGCAAAUCAACUCAGCAGGAGCUGGUGCAACGUGAGGAAAGCACUGUCUUCAGUCAGGCCAUUCAUUUUGCAAACCUCAUGGUCAACCUGCUGGUCCCACUGGAUACAAGUAAAAACAAGCUCCUGAGAACAUCAGCACCAGGCGACUGGGAGAGUGGAAGCAACAGCAUUGUCACAAACAGUAUUGCAGGAAGUGUAGCUGAAAGCUAUGAUACAGAAAGUGGGUUUGAAGAUUCAGAGAAUAAUGACAUCGCCAAUUCUGUUGUGCGAUUCAUUACCCGAUUUAUUGACAAGGUUUGCACAGAGAGUGGAGUUACUCAGGAUCACAUCAAGAGCCUUCAUUGCAUGAUACCAGGAAUUGUAGCUAUGCACAUUGAGACCCUAGAAGCAGUACAUCGAGAGAGUAGAAGACUUCCACCUAUACAGAAGCCCAAGAUUCUUAGACCUGCCCUACUGCCAGGAGAAGAAAUUGUCUGUGAAGGUCUUCGAGUCCUGCUAGACCCUGAUGGAAGAGAAGAAGCUACUGGAGGCCUUCUUGGAGGCCCUCAGCUCCUGCCAGCAGAAGGAGCCUUGUUCCUCACCACAUAUAGAAUUCUUUUCAGGGGGACUCCCCAUGAUCAGCUAGUUGGUGAGCAGACAGUUGUGCGGAGUUUUCCUAUUGCCUCCAUCACCAAGGAGAAGAAGAUUACGAUGCAGAACCAGUUGCAGCAAGAGGGACUACAGAUUACAUCAGCAUCUUUUCAGGUAUUAAGAAAGGGAGCCAUUCCUCUACUACUAUUUAAAAGUUUUGUACAAAUGAUGUGGCCACUUUCUGUGGUAAUGGGCACCUUCUCAAAAACAAUUGUGAAAGGUGCCAAAAGGGCAGGGAAAAUGACAAUUGGGCGGCAGUAUUUAUUGAAGAGGAGGACAGGGACAAUUGUGGAAGAGCGAGUGAAUCGUCCCGGAUGGAAUGAAGAAGAUGAUAUAUCAGUUUCAGAUGAUAGUGAACUCCCCACAAGUACCACUCUGAAGGCCUCAGAGAAGUCUACAAUGGAACAGUUAGUGGAAAAAGCUUGUUUCAGAGACUAUCAGCGUUUAGGUCUGGGAACCAUAAGUGGCAGCUCUUCUCGCUCAAAACCAGAGUAUUUUCGAAUCACUGCCUCCAACAGGAUGUAUUCACUGUGCCGGAGCUAUCCUGGCCUUUUAGUUGUACCUCAAGCUGUACAAGACAGUAGUUUACCAAGAGUUGCCCGCUGCUAUCGACACAAUCGCCUGCCUGUUGUAUGUUGGAAGAACUCAAGAAGCAGUACCCUGCUUCUCCGAUCUGGAGGAUUCCAUGGGAAGGGAGUAGUUGGUCUUUUCAAAUCUCAGAACUCCCCUCAGGCAGCUCCUACCUCCUCUUUAGAAUCUUCCAGUAGCAUAGAACAAGAAAAAUACCUGCAAGCCUUACUGAAUGCAGUUUCUGUCCAUCAGAAACUCAGUGGCAAUAACGCCCUUACGGUCAGGCCAGCACUUGCCCUGUCUCCAGGGACUGAAAGGAGGACUUCAAGAAUGUCCACUGUGCUUAAGCAGGUAGUGCCAGGACAUUUGGAUGUAAACCCAUCCAAUAGCUUUGCUCGAGGAGGUGUAUGGGCAAGUCUUCGCUCUAGCACUCGCCUGAUCAGCUCUCCAACAUCUUUCAUUGAUGUUGGUGCCCGGCUGGCAGGCAGGGACCACUCGACCUCCUUUAGUAACAGCACCUACCUGCAAAACCAGCUCUCGAAACGCCAAGCGGCCCUUUAUAUAUUUGGUGAAAAGUCGCAACUAAGGAACUUCAAGCUAGAAUUUGCUUUAAAUUGUGAGUUUGUUCCUGUUGAAUUUCAUGACAUCCGACAAGUUAAAGCCAGUUUUAAAAAACUGAUGAGGGCUUGUGUCCCAAGCACCAUCCCUACUGACUCAGACGUGACCUUCCUGAAAGCCCUGGGAGACUCUGAGUGGUUCCCACAGGUCACCAGUCAGUGGCAUGGCAUCCAGUUUCUGUUAAGUUUGAUUCUUACUCUUCUGUCUUGUGUGUUUCAGGUUCACAACCAAUAUCCAACGGAAUUUGAAUUCAAUCUCUAUUACUUAAAGUUUUUGGCUUUCCACUAUGUGUCUAAUCGCUUUAAAACAUUUCUCCUGGAUUCAGACUAUGAAAGAUUAGAGCAUGGAACUUUGUUUGAGGAUAAAGGAGACAAGCAUGCCAAAAAAGGAAUUUGUAUUUGGGAGUGUAUUGAUAGAAUGCACAAGAGGAGUCCCAUUUUCUUUAAUUAUUUAUAUUCACCAGUGGAAAUAGAGGCCCUGAAGCCCAAUGUAAAUGUCUCCAGCCUCAAGAAGUGGGAUUACUACAUAGAGGAGACCCUUUCCACAGGGCCUUCAUAUGACUGGAUGAUGCUGACCCCCAAGCAGUUCCCCUCCGAGGACUCUGAAGUGGCCGGAGGAGCUGGGCUCCAGAGCCAAAGGAGAACAGUGUGGCCAUGCUAUGAUGACGUCAGCUGUGCUCAGCCCGAUGCACUCACCAGGCUUUUCAGCGAAAUUGAAAGAUUGGAGCACAAAUUGAACCAAACCCCUGAGAAGUGGCAGCAACUGUGGGAAAGAGUAACAGCGGACCUUAAGGAAGAACCCAGAGCAGACCGUCCGCAGAGACACCCUUCAGGCUCCCCAGGAAUUGUCUCCCCCAACGUGCCCUCCUGUCAGAAGCGGUCCCUGCUGCCCCUCGCAGACAGCGGCGCGGGCCGGGAGCAGAGCGCCCGCGCGUGCCCGUCCAAUGGCGUGGACCGCAGAGCAGCCACGCUGUACAGCCAGUACGCGUCCAAGAACGACGAGAACAGGUCCUUCGAGGGAACGCUUUAUAAAAGAGGGGCUCUGCUGAAAGGUUGGAAGCCCCGUUGGUUUGUGUUGGAUGUAACAAAACAUCAGCUGCGAUACUAUGACUCAGGUGAGGACACAAGCUGUAAAGGCCACAUUGAUCUGGCUGAAGUAGAAAUGGUCAUCCCUGCUGGCCCCAGCAUGGGAGCCCCAAAGCACACGAGUGACAAGGCUUUCUUUGAUCUCAAGACCAGCAAACGUGUGUAUAACUUCUGUGCCCAGGAUGGACAGAGUGCCCAACAGUGGAUGGACAGGAUCCAGAGCUGUAUCUCUGAUGCCUGAUGCCCAUGGUCAACCCAAGCAGAAGAGGGAGGAAGGACUCAUGCUGUCAGAUAGAACAAAGUGCAUGAAUCCUUGAGGAGUUGACAGCUUCCUGUUUGGUUCUAAAGAGUCAUCCCAGGCCUAAGGUUCUCCUGCCCAGUCUUACCCAGUGCCCUCUUUGAGCAGUUACUAUGUCUGCUUAGCCUGAGUGAAUGUGUCACAGAGGGCUGGCCGAGAGCCCCAGGCACUCCCUGUGUCUUGCACUAGGUUGUUCUAACAGGGUCUUAGUGGUUAGGGAUCAGAAGAAUGCUUCCUGAGCCAACUGUCAUCUGUCCCCUAGGCAAAAUGGCUACCACUUACUUGACUCCUUCUUGAUGAAACUAGAUCCUUUUUGUUCCCAAGGUCACAAUUUCCUUGGAGAGCUUUCUGACAAGCAAAAAUCAAAACUCUCCAGGAUGAUCUUACAUUGUGUCUGGAACAGGUUUCCCAGCAGAAUAGCUCCUACUCUUAACUGCCUGACCUUAGAGAUGCUCAGUUCUCUGGUGCUCCCAAAAGGUGCUUCCAUAACCCCUGCUGGGCCACUGGAGAUCACAACAAGAACCUCAGUGCUCAGUGGCAGGCAAGGGGCGGGCGGGCGGGGGUGCACACAGGAUUCUCCUGAAGGAAAAAAAUGGCCCAGGGAAAGAUGCAACAAUGACCAGGCCAAUGCAGUAAAAUAUUGCUUCCAAAACAAUGAAUUUUCUAGGCCAAAGGUGCCCUGAGGAUCCAGGACUUUGUGUUCCUAUGUAUUCUUCUGCUCCCUGACAGCUUCUUACACAAAAUAACAUGCAAAAAGCCGAAUGCACUAACUCACAACUAAACACUUGCACUGAACUCUUAAAGAAGCGAAGAUAUUGGAAAGACAGAAGCUGGCUGUUCAUGAGCGCAUCACACCUGUGACGGGCUGUGUAGACAGCGGCCGCACGGCGGCACAAUCCGAUGCCCAGACGGCACUUCUGCACAUGCACAGUAAGAACUGUUUGUAGAUUUUCUUUACUUUGGAUAAUGUUGUCUUUGUUCAGCUUAAGAUCUGAGGAAUGCUGUUGGUUUACAGCAAGCGGGGCAGCGAGCUCUCUGCCCACAGGCGCUGCCACCAGCCGGAGUCAGAGGUAGCUAGGUGGUUGUUGUGGAAUGUUAAUAUGUUACAUACCAAACUAAUAUUUCAAAAAUAUGUAUAUAUGAUUUCUAUAUCCUUGUUUUUCAGAUAGCCUACUUAUAAUUUAAUAUAAAAUUAACUGAUUCGUGCGUAAGAUUUCAGUAAUGAAAAUAGUUCCCUUUUUAAAAAAUAAAAAAUCACUUUGUCUUUGUAGAUUACAAAUCAGAUUUUCAAAUUUAAAAUUAUCCACACACUAGGAAAUAGAACUGUGUUAAUAUAUAAGAAAUUGGGGAAUAAUAAGAAUGAAGGAUUUUUCUAUCAUUUUCAUUUUAUAAAUUGCCACCUGUGAAAAUGAUUUUUGCACAUUAUUUGUAUUUUUUCUUUGUAUAUGAAAUAAUUUUUGUACUUUGUAAAAUAUGGAGCCCAUUGUACCUUCAGCUAUUUGAGACUGUACACAGUGCUUCUUUUAUAACUGGAUUCUUUUAACUUUCGUAAAGGUGUUACAUGCCUUACAUUCACUAACCAUCUUGAAUUAAAUUUAUUUCUUAAGAAAAAGCA